AUGGCAACGCCUCACAGCAGCUACAUUGUGUACCUCAUCCUCUAUCUCAGCCCAAUACAGAACCACCACGCGAUCUUCGUUGGAAUCCAGCCCGGUGCGCGUGGGCAGCUUUGUCAUGUUGUUGGCUCCAUGCAACAAGGCAUGAGAUUUGAGGCCCGAGAGUCAGGAUGGCCCUUGACUGGUGUUACAUGUGAAUGGAUGAAACCACUCGGCCGCGUUUCGCAAGACAAGUUCGCUGAGGUCGAAGGUGUCUGCCGGACAGUGCCCCCACCAGCAAAGCAGUUCGAGAAGAACAAACUACUCGUCCCAAAAGACCAACUCCGGCAUUGCCAGCACUGGACCGAGGAGGCUAUCGCGGCACUCAAAGCCGGACAAGUCCUCGAGCCGCUGGGACCGGACGACAGCACAGAUGUCAUCCGUCGACACUAA